AUGGCCACUCGACGACGUGUUAUCCGAAAUGUGGUUCCUAACAAACCUCCUUUGAUAUCCUUAAACAUAUGCUCAGCGCCUCAACAAAGAUAUAUAGCUUUUACAAUUUAUGGUUUUUUAUCAUCACUCAAAGCAUAUAAUUAUCUUUCUUAUACCGAAUCUUCGUUUUAUUCAACCGUAUUAUACUGGAGUUUGUUGGAUGUGAUUUUCUUUAUUGGUUUAUACACAUUUCGAAUACCAUGGUUACAAAAACCUUUAGGGUUUUGGUUUAUAUGCAUUUUUGUUUCUGGUUUUAUCAAUAUUACUUUUCUUAACCCUCUAUGGGUUUAUGAAGUUGCAUUAAAAAAAUUCAUGGCUGACAUAAUAACUUCGUCGUCUUUACUCAUUCGACAGCAAGUCAAUAGGUUAAAAGGUGAAAAAGUUCGUGCGGUUAGUAAAGAGGAAGAUAUUCAAAUAGAAGUUGUGAGGCACAAUACUUCUCACAUAAAGGGAAAACAUACCGUACGAUUAUUACCAUAUGCCACCGCUAAAUUAAAUCCAGACGAAGAAAAAUUCUGUUUGCAAAGAUCAAAUGUUAAAAAAAAUCAGCAUACAAUAGAAUUACCAAUAUUAUUCAACAAAACUUAUCCAGAGUCUAUUACGUAUUCAAGAAUAGAUUUUGAAACUAACGCCAAGACUCUACAUCAAUUUUCGUCAAAGGAUAUUGAACAACAUCGUAUCAUGGAUGUAGUUCAAGAUGGUGUUUAUGUCUAUAUACCGAUUAAUCGACCAGGUGUAUAUAGAAUCGAGGAAUCUUCAGAUAAAGAUGAAAUGGGGAUAAAAAUUUACAGAAAGGAAGAAAUUAUAGUUUAUUGUCCUACAGCUAAAUUGGUUCCAAAAUCAGAUUCAAGUUUAUGCAUCGAAGACGAGAUAUAUGUUGAUUUAGUAUUAGAAGGUGUACCCCCAUUAAAUAUUCAUUACGAACGAAAGGUGAAUGAUGCUGCGGUCAAUAUGACAAUAGACGGUAUUGGGUCGGAUUACGUGUCAUCUCAAUUAAAUCAAGCAGAAUCCGAUAAUUAUCAAUGGGCUCGUGAUCAAUUAAUUCGUGUACAAUUAAAUAUUACAGCCGAUACAGUUGCGGCUUACUCCUUAAUAGUCUUACAAAUUCAAGAUGUUUUAAACAAUACACAUGCGUUUUAUGAUGAGGAAACUUUAAAUACUAUGGCCGAUUUUUUUGUGUAUCCAAGACCUACUGCAAACUUUUUUCUUGACUCUCCCGUGUAUGUUCGUCCUAACAAAAACGCCAAUAUUCAAUUAGCUCUAAGAGGAAGAGGACCUUGGAAAAUAGGCGUUGGAUAUUGGUCUGAAGAUAUGACAGAAAACACAGAAAUUUCAUCUGUCAAACCAAGUGAAAUAUUUGACGUAGUAAUAGAUCUUCGUAAUGAGAAUAGCAGGUUUAUGAAAGUUAAUAAGCCUGGAAUAUAUAAACUUCUUUCUGUAUCUGACUCCCGAUGUGUUGGUGAAAUAUUAGCACCAUCUUCAAAAUCUUUGUUUAUUGCAUAUCCUCCAACCGUCAAAAUGGAAACCAAUCCUAUACCAGCUGAGGAUUGUCCUGGAGAAAUAGGAAUUGAAAUAAUCUUAUCUUUAACUGGAAAUCCUCCAUGGAAUCUCGAAUAUAAAUUCGGUAAUAAACGCAAUAUUGAAAAAGUCGAAAAGUCAAGACAUUCAUUAACCAUAAAGCCAGAAACCUCAGGACAAUACGAAUAUAUAUUUUAUCGUCUAUCCGAUCAAAUUUAUACUGAAGGUAUUAAUAUAGAUCAUCGAUUUUCACAAACCGUUCAUCCAAAACCUUAUGCUUCUUUCCGUGAAGCGAAUAUUCAAAUGUUAAACAGUUGUGUUGGAGAUAGUGUUGAUUUAGAAGUGAUCUUCUUCGGAACGGGACCAUUUGAUUUAAUUUAUGAAGUGGUAUAUAAUCGGAGAAUCAAUGAAUUUACUAUAGCCGAUGUUCAAGGAACUAGUCUUAGAAUUGCUUCACCUCCAUUUGACAAUCAAGGUUUAUAUACUGUAACUUUGGUAAAGAUUACAGACUCUAAAGGUUGUAGUCAAUAUCUUAAUACAUCAAAUUAUAUUACGAUCGAUGUUAAGAAAGAUAAACCUACAGUUGGAUUUAGGUCUGCACAUGAAGUGAUCACAUUUCUUGAGGGUAAAACUGUUAAAUUACCAUUGCAAUUAGCUGGGCAUGCACCCUGGGACAUUUCUUAUCGUUAUAUUGGGGAUGAUAAAGUUCAAAAGGAACGCAAUUUACGAAAUCCAAAUUCUUACUUAACCGAAACUAAACCUGGUCGUUAUGAAUUAUUGGAAGUUAAAGAUUCAUUUUGUUAUGGAAUAAUAAUUCCAGAAUUAAAGGAAAUUGAAGCAAGAUGGUUGCCUCGUCCAUCAAUGAGAAUAUCUGAUGGUGAAGCGGAACCUUUGCCUCAAAAAGAUUAUUAUCGUAGAAAGAAUGUUUGUGAAGGAUUUGAAGACACGAUUGGUUUGGUUUUUGAAGGUCGAGCUCCCUGGGCAAUUUCUUACGAUAUAAUCAUGAGUAAUGAUCAAAUUACAAAUCAACAAGUUGUAGGGUUUCCUACAACCAAAAUAAAACUAAUGACAGAAAAAUCUGGACAAUAUAUUUAUAACUUUACAAGCAUCUCUGAUGAUUUAUACACUGAACCAUAUCCAUAUUUACUUGUACUUGAACAAACUGUGAUUUCCAAACCGACUGCUCAAUUCAUUAAUAGAGACAUCUUAUAUCACUGCAUUGGAAAUCCUUUUAUGGAACCUCUUGAAAUCAGUAUAACAGGUGUCGCACCUUUUGUUCUACAAUUCGAAAUUACUCACGAAAACGACAAUAAAAUAGAUACCAUUACAAUUGAAGAUAUUUAUAAUACAACAUAUUAUUUUUAUCACAAGAAUAAAUUUACAAUGGUUGGAGGGUAUACAAUUUCAAUAGUACAUAUUAUGGAUUCGCAAGGUUGUAGCAAUACCUUACAGGAUAAAUUUUUGGUUCAAAUUACGGAUGUUGCGACUAUUGAUCGGACAUUACCUCUACAAAUACAUUGUGUUGGUGAUUUAUUAGAUUAUUCAUUACAAGGUUUACCUCCGUGGAACAUAACUUACGAGUAUAAUGGAGAAUUAAAAUUUGCAAUUUCGAAAAAAUCUAUUUUUACAUUUGGAGCUGACAAACCAGGAAACAUGACAAUUACUAAAAUCUGUCAUCAAAAAAAUCAAUGCUGUGGAUCUGUUUCAAAUUUAACAGAAAUAAUUUAUGAUUUACCCACAGCUAUUCUUUCAGAAGGAAAAGAUAUUAUAUCAGAUAUUAGAGAAGGAGACAAAACAGAAAUUAUCAUUGAUUUCAUUGGUGUACCGCCAUUCCGAUUUACUUAUACUAGAAGUAAAUUAUUGACGAAUGGUAAAGAACGUAAACCGGGCCGUGUUUUGGAAACUCAGACAGUACUUAAUAUUCACAAAUACAAUUAUACAAUUUAUACAGCACAACAAGGUGUUUUCCAAGUUAAGUAUGUGGGAGAUCGAUAUUGCGAAUAUCCUCGAAGAUCAGAAAUUAAACAUUAA